CAGCUAGACAGGUAGAAAGCGUCGCUCUUUUGGUUGUCCUGUUUUGGUAUCAGCAGUUACUCUCGUUGCAAGAUGCGCCGUUCAGCGUUACGGGCGGUCGAGUCCGCAAAGCCUCUCGUUCAAGGCCGUCGAUCUCUCUCCAGAAGCUUCUCUUCGAUCAAAGAAUCCGGGACCAAGGAUCCUGUGGAACUGGAUCAGAUCACUACCCUUCCGAAUGGAAUCCGCGUUGCCUCCGAAUCCCUGCCCGGGCCUUUUGCCGGUGUGGGAGUGUAUAUCGAUGCCGGGUCGCGAUACGAGGAUGAGAGUCUGCGUGGUGUGAGCCACAUCAUGGACCGACUGGCAUUCAAGUCGACCAAGGGCCACUCCGGGGAUGAGAUGCUGGAGGUCCUUGAAUCUCUCGGAGGCAACAUUCAGUGCGCGUCCUCACGCGAGUCGCUCAUGUACCAGUCGGCCAGUUUCAACUCGACCGUGCCUACGACCCUUGGCCUGUUGGCGGAGACGAUCCGUGACCCGCUGAUCACAGAGGAAGAGGUUCUGGAGCAGCUGGCUACGGCAGAGUACGAGGUUGGUGAGAUCUGGGCAAAGCCCGAGCUCAUCCUCCCCGAGUUGGUGCACACGGCUGCGUAUCGGGGCAACACGCUGGGCAACCCUUUACUGUGUCCUCAAGAACGACUGGGCGAGAUCAACAAGGCAGUUGUGGAGAAGUACCGAAAGAUCUUCUUCAACCCCGACAGGAUGGUGGUCGCCUUUGCUGGCGUGCCCCAUGACCAGGCCGUCAAGCUGACGGAGCAGUACUUUGGCGACAUGCGGAGCAACAAAGCGACCACGGGCCCUGUUCUGUCGGGCGCCGGCAUCGACACUACUCUCUCUACAUCCGAGACGGUUGCUCGGGAGGGCCAAGUGCCGACCAUUCCGCAGUUCACCCCCACGUCGACAACCUCAACCACUGCAAGCUCGCCGGAGAGCCAAUCGAUCCUCUCUAAGCUUCCUUUCCUGAAAAAGCUCACCACAUCCAGCUCCUCCGAUAGCCCGGUCUCCCCGCUCGACCCCUCGCUGAUCCGGCCUUCGUCGCUGGACCUGAACCAGCCUUCGCACUAUACGGGCGGCUUCCUUUCCCUGCCGCCCAUUCCGCCGCCGGCGAACCCGAUGCUACCACGAUUAAGCUACAUCCACCUCGCCUUUGAAGCCCUCCCUAUUUCUUCACCCGAUAUCUAUGCUUUGGCCACCCUGCAGACGCUUCUGGGAGGCGGAGGCUCCUUCUCCGCCGGAGGACCCGGCAAGGGCAUGUACUCGCGCCUCUACACCAACGUCUUGAACCAGCACGGGUGGGUUGAGAGCUGCAUCGCCUUCAACCACAGCUACACGGAUAGCGGCAUCUUCGGCAUCUCGGCGUCGUGCAGUCCCACCAGGACCACGGAGAUGCUGGAAGUCAUGUGUCGGGAGCUGCAAGCGUUGACCCUCGACAAUGGAUACACGGCACUCCAGGCGCAUGAAGUUAAUCGCGCAAAGAACCAGCUCCGAUCGUCGCUGCUGAUGAACCUCGAAUCUCGCAUGGUGGAGUUGGAGGAUCUUGGCCGCCAGGUCCAGGUGCAUGGCCGCAAGGUUGGCGUCAAGGAGAUGUGCGAGAAGAUCGAAGCCCUCACCGUCGAGGAUCUCCGUCGCGUGGCCAGACAGGUCUUCGGCGGCCAAGUCCACAACAACGGCCAGGGAACCGGCAAACCCACCGUCGUGCUGCAGGAGGGCGAGCUGGAAGGAUACCGGCUGCGCCCGUUCCCCUGGGAAGAAAUGCAGGAGCGCAUAGCCCGCUGGAAGUUGGGGAGAAGGUAAUAACCAGCGCAGAAUAGUGCGACUCUUUCUCUACUCAGAAUCCCCCCCCCAAUCAUGUACUAUAGAGAGACCAGGGUGUCCUUUCUUUCAACUCGAGCAAAAA